AUGAUCAUGCAGGAAGAAUUGCAACGGAUUUAUGAAUUUGUUUUACCUACCGAGCUUAAUCCAGCUCGCUCGUGCAAACCUUACAUUGAUGGCAUCGAACAAUUAUUAGCUGGGUCAUCGACAACUGAUUCAACGAGUGAUUCACUAAAACUAUCCUCCAAUGAGUCUAUCUUACAGAAAAAAAACUUGAACGAAGGGUCGAUUAAACAAACAGCAACGUCCAGCGAUAAUGAAGUGAACGAUGAUGAGUUGCUAACAUACUUAAAUAACAUCGAAAAUAUGCCUCCAGUAUCAGAAUUAGCUAUAUCGGGCGACGAACAAAAAGCAAAACGAACUAGUGUUCUGUCAGUUUCCGAUUUAUCAUCACAGAUUUGGUGUGAACAGCAAUUGUGUUACAAGUUUUUGUAUCCCUAUGUGAUGAAUGACGAAGGUGAAAUUAAACGUAUCGACGAUAAACCACACAUUGUUCGUGGGACGUCGUUGCAUUUAGAACGUGAAUUGGAAAUUCAAGUUAAAAUACCUGUUGAAUGCGUCACACGCGAAGAUUCAUAUGGUGUACGGCUGUUAAAUAUGAUUCAAGCAUUUGACGGUUUAAUAAAAUGGAAAAACCCAACCAAACGUUAUAUUACACGUGAAAUGCCAAUAUUUGGUAAUUUAUAUGGUGGUAGACUAUAUUUUCGGGGUAUUAUCGAUGAAAUAAAUUUUGAUCCAGUUAAAAAUCAUUUAGAAGUGGUUGAAUUUAAAACCCGGUCAACAAAAGCUCCACCACGUCCACAACAAGUAUUUACGCACGAAGUACAAGUUAAUAUUUAUCGUACACUAAUUGAUGAAUUAAUACAAGCACAAACAGACAAAGAAUUAUAUUUUAAGCGUUUUAAUCUUGAUAUGACUAUGAUAUUAAGCGAAAGUAUCUACAUUGAAUAUAUCAAGAGUGGUUACCUGAACAUCACUACAUUAGAACAUGCAUUUGAUUUUCUCAUACAAUUAGUUCAACAAAUGCCUACAAUAACUACUCAUGGUUCAAUUGAAUAUAUUCUGCAAUCUGAUCCUACUUAUAAACAACGAAAAGAAUUUGAACGUAAUGAAAUGAAAUUAAAACAAUUACUAGAUAAAUUAGAGCCCUAUUGGUUAGGUGAACGCGAACCAAAAGGUGUUGAUAUUGAAGAUGCAUAUAAAUGUCAGAUGUGUGAUUAUGUUGAUAUAUGCGAAUAUUUUCUAAUGGCCAACCCAAAACGUACGGUUUACGUUGGCGGUUUAAGUGAAGAAGUUGAUGAGAAAACUGUGCACGCAGCCUUUGUUCCAUUUGGUGAUAUAUUCGAAAUUCAAAUUCCACUUGAUUAUGAAACACAAAAACAUCGUGGUUUCGCAUUUGUGGAGUAUGAAACGGCAGAAGAUGCCGCAAUGGCUAUUGAUAAUAUGAAUGAUGCAGAAUUAUUUGGCAGAUGUAUACGUGUUAAUUUAGCUAAACCAGUACGUAUUAAAGAAACGUCAUCGAAACCGAUCUGGUCAGAAGAUAAAUGGUUAAAAGAACAUUCGGGCGACGUGGCAAAUACUACGAAUAAAGAUGAAGAAACGGAGGAAACAACAACAACAAAUCCAAAGGGAGAAGAGGUUGAGGCGGAAUCCACAAUUGAACCAUUAACAAAACGUCUAAAAACAUCGACAAAUCCAAAAGUUUACCUUGAUAUUGAGUUUAAUGGGCAACGGGGUGGAAGAUUAUUGAUCGUUUUAUUCGCUGACAUUGUACCAAUAACAGCUGAAAACUUUAGAUGUUUAUGUACACACGAAAAAGGAUUUGGCUAUCGUGGUACAAAAUUUCACCGAAUUAUUCCAGAAUUCAUGGCUCAAGGUGGUGAUUUCACAAAAGGUAAUGGAACUGGAGGAAAAUCAAUUUACGGUCCUAAAUUCAAAGAUGAGAAUUUUGAAAUAAAACAUACAAAUGCUGGUCAAUUAUCCAUGGCUAAUUCAGGAUCUAAUUCAAAUGGAUCUCAAUUCUUUCUCACAUUUGUAAAAUGUGAUUGGUUAGAUAAUUUACAUGUUGUUUUUGGUGAAGUAAUUGAAGGACUGGACAUUUUGAAAAAAAUUGAAGAAUGUGGUACAAAAAGUGGCGUUACAACAAGAAAUGUAACAAUCGUCGAUUCUGGUGAAUUAAAAUAA